GAAGGCCCAACCCAUAUGUGCUCAGUUUACGGGCGUGUUGCAGAGGGAAUCGGAAGGAAGGACAACAAAAGAACGAACAGCCAGAAAAACAGAUGAGGAAGUGAGAAUGAUAUCAUCAUAAAAUUCCUGUCAAGUCAGGUACUCCCUUCUUCUUCUUCUUCUAAUCCCAAACCGUAGUCUUGGAUUCGGAUCGAGGACGGAUGGAAACAGACUAAAGAUUGAAUUUUUGUUCAGUUUCUUCAUUGGCUUUCCGGAUUUCCUGCGAUUCUGGAAAUCGAUGUACAGUUAGGGCUUCUUGAUCCUCGGUUGCUUGAAAGAUCGCAUAUUUCCUAUCCGAAAUCGGUUUUUUUAUUUUUUAUUUAUUGUUUCUAUUCCGGAUGUAGCUCAAUCGUUAGGGUUCUAUUCUUGACUGAUUCGUUGUUGAUUUCGUUUUGGUGCGGGCGAAAGAGGCAUUUGUGCUGGUCGGACUUAAAAUUCUACUGCAGUUCCCGGUUGGAUUCCGGAGAUAUGUUGGAGGGUGGUCGGUCUUGUCUGAUUUCGAGGGGCUUUUCCAGUUCCUGUGAGCAAGAGAGUAAUUGGGCUUUCAUGCCUUGCCGUCUCAUCGAGGUCUCUAAUGGCAAGCGUCAUUUAGAAGGUGAAGAGGAAGAAGAGCUUCGGCAGAGAAAGUUAUCCAGGUCAUCCGAUACUCCUCAAAGAGAAGAAACGACUCGACACCUGCAAAUUCUCUCCUUACCCUCUGAAGACCAAUUUGAUAGUAAGCUCCAUCGUGGGGAUCAAUCAGAUUCAAAUUCCCUCACCCAGCCCAUUUGCGAGGAAAUCUCAAAGAACUGCCCCCUUGACAUGCGUCAGAGAGAGGUAAUGUCUAAAAACCGGCAUGAUUUCUCCAGCUCUCUUGCAGAUCAAUCCAAUGAUCCCUCAUACUCUUCUGAAGAUCAAUCCGGUAGCAGGCGACAUAAUGGGGAUCAAUCAGAUUUGGAUUCCCUUAUCCAGCCCAUUGGCCGGGACAUCUCGAUCCAUUGCCUCCUCCGCUGUUCAAGAUCUGAUUAUGGUUCACUGGCCUCACUGAAUCGGAGUUUCCGCUCUCUGAUUCGAAGUGGGGAGCUUUAUAAGCUUAGGAGAAAGAAGGGUGUGAUCGAGCACUGGGUUUAUUUCUCUUGCCACUUACUCGAGUGGGAGGCAUUUGAUCCCAUUCGUCGCCGGUGGAUGCAUUUGCCAAGGAUGCCUGCAAAUGAGUGUUUCAUGUGGGCUGACAAGGAAUCCCUGGCUGUGGGUACAGAGCUUCUGGUAUUUGGGAAGGAGGUAACUUCUCAAGUCAUAUACAGAUACAGCAUAUUAACAAACACAUGGUCUUCUGGCCUAAAGAUGAACGCGCCCAGGUGUUUGUUUGGAUCUGCCAGCCUUGGGGAGAUCGCGAUUCUAGCUGGAGGUUCUGAAUCACAGGGGAAAAUCUUGAGUUCAGCAGAGCUCUAUAACUCAGAGACUGGAACUUGGGAAACACUCCCAAGCAUGAAGAAGGCAAGAAGAAUGUGUUCUGGGGUAUUCAUGGAUGGGAAAUUCUAUGUAAUUGGGGGAAUAAGCGACGAUUCAAAAGCACUAUCAAGUGGAGAGGAAUAUGAUUUGAAGAGUAGAAGUUGGCGUGAAAUCCCCAACAUGUAUCCUAUACAGAAUGGAGCAAAUGGAGGAACUGCACCACCUCUGGUUGCAGUUGUACAGAAUCAACUGUACGCAGCUGAUUGUGCAGAGAACGAAGUGAAGAAAUACAUAAAGGAGAGUAACUCGUGGGUCACCGUCGGGAGAUUGCCUGAGCGAGCGGUUUCAAUGAAUGGUUGGGGACUUGCAUUUAGGGCAUGUGGUAGCCAGCUUAUUGUUAUUGGUGGACCAAGGGCCUUGGCUGGAGGGAUUAUAGAGCUCAAUUCAUGGUCACCAAAUGAGGGCCCACCACAGUGGGACCUACUAGCCAGCAAGCAUUCACCCAACUUUGUUUAUAACUGUGCUGUGAUGGGUUGCUGAUGUGUUGGAUGCUAGACCAACUGUAACUGUAUAUUCUAUCAGUGGAUGAUGGGAUGUACAACAGAUGGUCUCCAAGGCCACCGGAUCUUUUCCUGGCUAAUGGGUAUUCUCUGCCUCUCGUUUUUUCUCUAAUUUUUUUUUCCUGGCAAAAUUUCAGGUUUUACUCAAGAUUCAAUAGGAAUGGUUUUCUUGUAAG